AUGCCAGAACAAAUUACUUUUAGCUCUACCACUGUUGGUAGAAGUAUGUUUGGAGUCAACCUUUCCUUGUUGAAAGGAGGAACUAUCACCCAAACCAUUGUUGGAGGUGUGAUUUCUGCAAUGGUGGUCACCUCAGUCGUUGUCACCAUUAUUAUGGUCACUGUAUCUGCUGGUGUUUCUGGUCCAACUGCUAAGGAUGAUUAUGCUCAGGUCUAUAAGCGCCGUCCUUUCACUAUUUAUCCCUUAUUAAAUGAUGUUGACCCUAAGAGUUUGAAUUUGACAUUGGUCAACGUGACACAACCUCUUCAUGGCUCAGCUGUCAUGACAGGAGGUGGAAAAGUGGUUUACACAUCCAGUGGAUCCUUUGCUGGUAAUGACAGUUUUACUUAUUAUGUUACCAAUGGAUAUGUGAUUGCCUCUGCUCAAGUUAAUAUUGAGAUUUUGAAUCGUCCACCUGAAUUGAUUAAUUUACAAUAUACUGUAAGCAAGAAUUCCAUUAAGAAUGCGUUCGAUGUGUUCCGUUAUGUUUCUGAUAGCGGUGCCAUCAUUUCUGAUCCAGAUAGCGAUGAUUUGGUGGUUUCUGCUGUUGGUGCUCCCCGUGUGAAUGAAUCUUCCGUUUCUUUUGAUUCCCUCUAUGUAUAUUAUACUCCACCAAAAGGAUUCAACAGUGAAGAUACAUUCACCUAUUCUGUUUUUGAUGGAAAUGCAACUGCGACCGCAAAUAUUCAUGUUACUGUGGCCAAUGACGCUCCAGUUUGUGUUCCUGACUAUUACAUUGUUACUAAGAAUGACAUGGCAGUUCUUAAUAUUUUAGCCAACGAUUAUGACAUUAACAACGAUGACGUUACGAUUUAUUCAGCUGGUGCAGGUUCUAUUGGAACUGUAAUUCUUUCAGACGAUAAGAAAAAUAUUACAUACAUUCCCCCACCACAAAUAGAACCCAAAACUGAUUCGUGGGAGUAUCAAAACUUUGAUGGAUCUCUCACUGGUAACAGUUUUGUUUUUAUUAAGAUUGUGAAUACUCCUCCUCAAGGCGGGGAUCGAGUGUUUAAUGUUGCUAAGAAUUCGACCAAUAACAUGCUAGACCUUACCUAUUUGGAUUCUGACAUGCUGGAUACCGUCUAUGUUUCCUUACUAACAAAGCCAACUAGAGGUACUUUCCAACUUGUUGAAUACUCUGUCAUGAGUCAAGUCAAUUACGUGACCAAAGAUUUUUAUCCUGUCAAGGUCAAUACAUACAAGUUGGUUUACACUCCAGAGAGUGGAAAUGUUUAUUCUGAAAGCUUCCAAAUUAAGAUUACUGACACCAUUGAUUUAGUCACUGCCAAGAUUACCAUUAAUGUCACACCUGUUCCACCUGUUGCCAAUAAUGACACUGCUCUAUGUGCAAAGAAUUCUAAUGUAACCGUUAAUGUAGUAGCCAACGACUAUAGCGCUGCUGGUGAUAUCUUGAAGCUCACUUUUACCUCUCUUGCCACUCUUCACGGAGGUGAAAUUAGAAAAUUGGAUGACAAUAAUGUCAUGUAUAUUCCAGCACAUGAUUUCACUGGAACUGAUGUAGCUCCAUACUAUGUUUCCAAUACUAAUCGAGAUGGUUCUACUGAAGGUAUUUUCCAAACUACCGGAUAUUUAAUGGUUUCUGUUUCAAAUUCUCCACCAAUCGCAAAGGAUGAUGUUGUGACUGUUUCCAAGGGAUGGCUCGGAAGCUUCAAUUUGAUUGCCAAUGAUGCUGACCCAAACAAUGAUGUUAUCAAGUAUAAUGACGCCACGACUAGCUCACAAGGUGUUACAAUUGGAAUUUCCUCCUCGAGCUCUUUGGUCAAUUAUCAAGCAUUGAAUCAAACCUAUAUUGAUUAUUUCACCUAUUCUAUUAGUGAUGUUGAAGGUGCUGUUUCCAACUAUGCCAAAGUGACUAUCAAUGUCAUCAAUGAUGCUCCUGUUGCUGUUGCAGAUGAAGCCACCGUUUCUUGGAAUAGAAGCAUUGCAAUCGAAGUAUUGAACAAUGACCAAGACAUCAAUCCUGGUGAUAAGAGCAACCUCGUUAUUAAGACAUUGUCUACUCCAUCUCAAGGAACAGUUUCAAGUUUCCAAGGUGGUAAAAAGGUGCUUUACACUCCUCCUAAUGGCUUCACAGGAGAAGCAACAUUCACUUAUACUGUAUCAGAUGGAAUUGACAAUUCCAAUACAGCUAACGUUAAAGUUAUUGUGGUGAACAAUGCACCAAAAGCUACUGCCGACGUUGCUUCUGUUCAUUGGUUUGACAAUGUUGUCGUGAUUCCAGUUCUUGCCAAUGAUGCCGAUGAUGAUGGUGAUGCUCUUCACAUUGAGUCCUUUACUCAGCCCUCCAAAGGUGUUGUUACUCGAGUUCAAUUAGCGGAUGGAAGUGAUGCUCUUUCUUAUACAAGCAUAUCCUUUAACAAUUUCACAGGAAAUGAUACUUUUACAUAUGUGGUGAGUGAUUAUGGAAAGACUAGUGUUGGAGUUGUGACUGUACAAGUGACAGAUAAGGCUCCAAUUGCUGCCAAUGACGUUUUUACCAUGCAUUGGAGAUCAUCAAAUGUUGAGCUAGAUGUCUUACAAAAUGAUUCUGAUGAAAAUAACGAUCCAUUGACAAUUUCAACUGUUUCUACUCCAAGCAACUUUAAGGGCACUGUCACAAAGAAUGCACAAAGCAACAAGUUAAUCUUUUCUCCAACCUUUGAGUCAUUGGGAACUCAAACAAUUUCUUACACUUGUACAGAUAGAACUCUCUCCAGUCAAUCAGCUCAAGUGUCAUUGAUAACCACAAACAAUGAUGCUCCAAAGAACAGAGUAAUUACUAAAUCUGUUCACUGGUCGACUCAAAGUUCAGGAACACAAAUCAAUAUUUAUGAUGUUCCUCAACCUAUUGACACUGAUGGAGACUCUCUUCAAUUACUCACAACGGCAUCUGUUUCUCCACAACAUGGUACGGUCACCAUCUCGAAUGGUAAUUCAACCACUGUUCCAAAUGUCAAUUACAAGCAAAGUAAUGGCUAUUUAGGAACUGACUCAUUCAACCUUACUCUUACCGAUGGAGCUCAAACUGCUCAAAUACAAGUGGUAAUGACUGUUUAUGACAAUGCUCCAACGGCUUCCAAUUAUUAUGAGCAAAAACAUUUCGAUGUAGUUGCUUCAGGCUAUACAAGAGAUGUUGUUGUAUUGUGCAAUGCUGUUGACUCAGAUAAGGAAGAUACUGUUUCCAUUUCACAGGUUACCAUUGCCAGCGGUGGAUCCAUCUCACAAUCAGGAAAUUCUAUCACAUUUACUCCAACUUCAGGUUUCACAGGAAAUGCAACGAUUACCAUUGUUUUCACAGAUGGUUUACGUACCACAACAAGGUACUGGAUCAUCCAUGUACAAAACGCUGAACCAGUCGCUAGUCCCUUCACCACUUCCAUUCAUUGGACUACCACCAGUACAACUAUUAAUGUAUUGGCCAAUAUUACUGACACUGAUAAUGAUGUCAUUGAUUUUAGAAUUGUUUCCUCUGCUAACAGUUAUGGUACUCCAAGUGUGAGCACACUCGCUGGAGUUAAACAAGUCACAUGGACUUUACCAUCUCCUGCCAUUCUUGGAACUUCUUCCUUCACCAUUGAAUACACAGAUGGAUGGGCCUCAAAGAAUCAAAGUUUUGGAAUUUAUAUUCAAAACGCUGCUCCCGUAGCAACUGCUAAAUCAAUUAGUACUCCUUGGUCUAGUUAUUCUACAGGUGUUACUAUUGAUGUGUUGUCUGGCUGUACAGAUAGUGAUGCUGAUUCAUUGUCUCUUGCCUCCAGUCCAUUCACAACUCCAUCACUAGGUACUGUUUCUGUCAGCUCUGGAAAAGCUCUUUACAGACCUAUCCAAGGUCGUGUUGGGCUUGAUAGUUUCCAAUACACCAUCACCGAUGGAAUUUCCACUUCUUCUCAAACCGUGACAGUGAACGUGACAAAUAAUCGACCUAUUGCUGUUGCUGAUUCUGUUUCAGUGCAUUGGUCUACUUCUAGCAUUGACAUUGCAGUAUUGAAUAACGAUGUAGACAGCGAUGGUGAUGCUCUUUCUGUCAGUUCCAUCACACAACCUUCACAAGGAUCUUGUUCUAUUGUCAGCAAUCAAGUGAGAUAUACCUUGGCAUCAACACCAACAAAGGAAACAAAGACAUUUACCUACAAGGUCAAUGAUGGAGCUCAAGAUUCCUUUAAUUCUGCAACAGUCUCCGUUACAAUUACCAACCUUAAUGUCCCAAGUAUUGCAAAUCAAAAUAAGACUGUUCAUUGGAGAGCUGCUUCUGCUGGUGUGUCCUAUACUGUUUACAAUACUCCAACCGAUAGCGAUGGAGACACUCUUAUUCCAACGGUCCAAUCUGGUCCUUGUUCUUUGGUCACUUCUGGAUCGAUCAAACUUGUUCAAUACCAACAUACAUCAUUUGAGGGUACUGAAGAUUGUUAUGUUAAACUUUCAGACGGAUUGGAUUCUGACACCAAAAAAUUGACCACAACAUCCUAUGACAACGCUCCUGUUGCUUCUCCAUUGACCGUACAAUACUACGGUGCGAAUAUUCAAAGUGGAAUCUUGAUUGAUGUAUUGUCUCUUGCAACCGAUAGUGACGUUGAGGAUCUUCCCUAUCUCGCUAUCACUCAAACGAGUGCCUCCACUUUGUAUGGCUCAGGAGUUGCCACCAUUCAAUCAGGAAAGAUUAAAUAUUUCCCAACACCAAGCUCUGUAACAAGCGUUGGAACUGAUACAUUCACUUACACCAUUUCUGAUGGAUUGAAGACAUCAACUGCAACUGUCACAGUUCAAAUCAAGAGUACUGUACCAAGGGACACUGAACAAUUUUAUGACGUGCAUUGGAGAGCAUGCUUUAGUGGAAUUGUAUUGGAUCCUCUUUCAAGAAUUAACUCGACCGAUACACUUACUCUCGAUUCUACACUAAUUUCAGCUCCAGACAUGCAAGGAUCAGUCGUAGUUUCAUCCAAUGGAAAGAAUAUUACUUACACUCCAGCUUACAAAUUCACAGGUGUCGAAACUUUCACCUUGAGAUACACUUCCAGUUCAGGAUCCUCUAGUAUCAAUGUGACUUGUACUGUUUACGAUACCACUCCAACAGCGAGUGCUGUCACGGCAACUACACACUGGAGAACCAACCUCGUUACUAGCCUUGUUUCCUCGAUUGGAGAUGCAGAUAGCGCGGAUUCUGCUAAUUUACAAACUUAUACAGGUGUACAACCUUCACAAGGAACGUAUUCCAUUUCUAACAAUGUUGUUACUUAUGUUCCAUCCUCAACAAUUGGUAGUAUUUCAAUGACCUAUGUUUGUAGUGAUGGACUGAAAAAUACUUCUGCACUCCUUACAGUUACAACUACAAACACUCCUCCAACGGCUGCUGUUAAAAGUUACAAUGUGUUGUGGAGAUCAUUUAGAGAUGGAUUUGAUUUGGAUGUAUUGAAUUUGACUCCUGCUGAUUCAGAUGCAAACGGAGAUACUAUUCGUGUGAAAAGCAUUUCUUCUCAACCUUCUGUUGGAACCGUGACAGUUCGAUCGGGAUCUUCGACCAAUGUGACAAUUCAAGCACCAGGUAUCGUUUUCACAGGUUCUCUUUCCUUCUCAUAUGUAGUAACUGAUGAUGCAUCAAAUGGUGACGUUCCAAACACCGUCAACCUUCAAGUGUAUAAUAAUGCUCCAACAGCCACUGAUGAUUCAUACUCUGUACAUUGGAAUACAGCCUCAUUGGUGUUAGAUGUCUUGGCCAAUGACAAUGAUCCCAAUGGAGAUUCAUUGACCAUUAUAUCCGUAUAUGGCUCCCUUGCCUCCACAGCUCCAAUUAUUGCAAACAAUAAGAUCACCUACUACCCUAGCUCAGCUCCGUUGGGUCAAGACGUUUUUUAUUAUGUAAUUUCUGAUGGUGUGACCACGACAAGUGCCAAGAUUACAGUUACGGUUACAAACGCACGACCAACGACACAAAAUCUCUCGUUCAAUGGAUUAUGGUCAGCUGCUGUCAAUGGAAUUGUUUUUGCCGUUGUUGGAAACUCGUCUGACACCAACUCAGACUCUCUCACCCUCUCAUCAUAUUCUUCAAUUUCAUCGAGCCAAGGUACCUUAACGACUGUGGAUGGAGGAAGAUCAAUUUUAUACACGCCCAAGACUGGAUUUGUUGGAAGUGUUUCAACCAUUACCUUUGUCAUUAGUGACAGCAGAGAAACAGUCACUGGAACCAUUUCCAUCACUAUUAACAACAAUGCUCCAACUGCUAACACUGCAGCAUUCAGUUAUCAUUGGAGAACGGUCAUGUCACCUACAUCAAUUUCCUUAGGUUCAAGAUUGAGCGAUGCUGACUCGGAUACAGUCACCAUUACUGCCAUUACUAAGGUCAAUCAAGGAAGUGUUACAUUGGGUUCAAACAACGCUGUUACUUACAAACUUUCUUCCGCAUGGAAGGGUACUGACACUUUCACUGUGUCUUUCACUGAUGGUUGGACUUCAUCAAGCGCUACGUUUACUGUCACUGUGACCAACGUGGCUCCAGUUUCUUACAAUAUCGAUAUUUCAUCUCACUUCUCAAAUGCUUACACAUUGUCCAUUCCAGUGGUUGGUCGAAGUGAUGCAUUGAAACCUACCGAUGCAGAUUCUGCUGAUGGUAAUUAUUUGGUGAUUUCAAGCUAUACAUUGCCAUCUCUCGGUACCUUAACACUCUCAAGUGAUAAGAAGACUUUUACUUUCAACAACCCAAGUGGCAAUCUUGUUCAACAAACCUUCACCUACGUCAUUAGCGAUGGAUUUGAAAAUUCAGCCACCAGUACUAUUACUAUUUCACUUCAAAAUGUUGCUCCAACCUCCAGAGACUUGUCCUACACUUAUUUAUGGUCUGCUGUUCAAAAUGGAUUCCUAAUUAACUUGCUCUAUGGUGCAAGCGAUGCAGAUGGUGACUCACUUUCGGUUUCCUCCUUCUCACAACCCUCCAUGGGAAGCGUUACAUCGUUCAAUGCUACAACUGUGAAAUAUACUCCAACUGCCAACACUGCAGGAGCAACCAGCUUCCAAUUCAAGAUUACUGACACUGCUCAAACCAUUACUCAAACUGUUUCCAUCACUCUCACGAACAAUGCACCUGUGGCUGUUGCUGAUUCAUAUACUAAUAAUUGGAGAUCCAAGACUUUGACUCUUUCUGUUUUACAAAAUGACAACGACCCUGAUAACAACAAUAUUUACAUUGCUAGCGUUGAUUCAGUAUCAGCUUCUCGUAGUGCCUCUCUUUCCAUUAGCUCUGACAAGAGAUCAAUUAUCUAUGUGGACUCUACCUCCACUGGUGCAGGAAGUGACUCUUUCAAAUAUACCAUUACGGAUGGUGUCGCUACUUCAUCUGCAGUCACUGUAUCUCUGACGUUUACCAAUACUGCUCCAAGUGCAACCUCUUCCUCGACAACCAUGAAAUGGAAUGAAGUCAAGACCUUCUCUAACAUGUUAACACAAUGCUCAGAUCCUGACUCCGAUCCAUUAAGCUUUGCAGGUGUGGUACAAGGAAGCUUGGGUACCACAACAGUCACUGAUAGUGCUGCUGGUUCGUUCACCUAUAAACCUUCAACCUCGAUUACGUAUACGGUUAAACCUACAGAUGGCAGUGCCUAUAGAGCAACAGAUUCUAUCAAAUACGGCUGUACGGACAAUUCUCUCACAACUUAUGGAACCAUCUCUAUUGAGAUUAGAAACACUCCACCUCAAGGAUCAUCUAAAACUAACAAUGUGACUAGAAAUUACUCAAACCCAACAGUAACCUUAACCGAUUUAUUAAGUGGUGUCACUGAUGCAGAUGGAGAUACUGUAACAGUUUCAUCAGUUGCGCUUCUCCCUAAUCAAGAUUCAGGAACAUCAGUGGUUUUGAUGAGCGGAACAGAUGGCUCUGUCAAAUUCACAUAUUCUAACUCGUUCAUUGGUGCUCAACAAUUCUAUGUGUAUGUUACUGAUGGCCAACUCACUUCAUCCUAUAUUUACACAGUCAAUAUUACUGGAAGUGCUUUGAGUUGCGUCGAAUAUUACAUUACUGCAUCCAAGAAUGAUGUCUCCAUUCAAUUUGAAGACAAUCUUAGAUUGAGCUUGGUCAAACUGUCUGGAAGUGAACCUGCGACAAUUACUGUGGCUUCCACAAGUACCCUUAAUAGCGUGGGAUCAAUUUCGAAGGACUCAUCAACCAACAAGUUGACUUAUUAUCCAACAGCCACUCGAUCAUGCCUUAACAAUAAUUGUUAUGCCACUUAUUCCUAUUCCAAUACAGCUGGUCAAACUGUUGCAUGUAGAAUUUAUGUCAACCAAGCAAAUCAAGCACCAAAUGCUCCUUCCUACAAUUAUGUGUAUUCUGUGAGAAGAGAUAGCAACUCGGUUGAAACAAUGGAUUAUUUGUCACUUUCCAAUGCCGACGACCCAGAUACAGCUGACACUCUUGCAUUGACAAGCGUUUUGAGCACUGGUUCAUGCACAAGUGGUCUCGUGCAAUCCAUUAGUGUUGUUUCCAACAAGAUUAACUUCCAACGACAACUUUCUUUCGUAGGAUCAAGUUGCUGGUUUACAGUUGGUGUUGUAGAUAGCGAUCCAGUGAAUCCAAUUACUGUCACAGCAAACGUGACCAUCACACCAACAGCUCUUCCACCCAUGAGCGUCAACGACUUUUUGUCAACCAAAUACAACACCUAUAUUGACAUUCCAGUUUCAACCAUUAUGAGCAAUGACUACGAUUCUUUAGGUGGUACAUUUUCUUUCAAUGGAAUUGACUCUUGCCCAUCCGGAAAAUGCUCAAUCCUUAACCCAAGCGAUUCUGCCAAUGCUAGAAUUAUUCGUGUUUCUCCAGUGACAGGUAGUUGUGAUGCUCAAACAUUUGUUUAUAGCAUUAAAUCAGAUCAAGAUCAGACUACAUCAUCUGCCACAGUUACAGUUCAGUACACUUCUUGUCAAUGUUAUUUGAAUAUGGAUAUAAUCUUCUUGUUGGACGGAAGUGGUUCAAUUUCGGAUGCUAACUGGUUGAGUAUGAAGCAAUUCAUGUCCAAUAUUACUAUUGGUUUUGGUUCUAACAUUUCUCCAACAGGUACCAAUAUUGGUAUCGUUCAAUUUGCAUCCUCGGUGACAACCCACUUGCAAUUAACUUCAGGAACAAGCAAAGAUAUUGUUUUGAAUGCAAUCAGUGCUUGCUCUCAGCUCAAAUCAGGAACUGCCAGCAAUCUUGGUAUUAACGAAGCAGUCAAGAUGCUCUACAAUCAAGGACGACAAGAUAUCACAAAUAAGAUUAUCAUCCAUGUGACGGAUGGUGAAAGUAACGAACCAUGUAGCUGCUCAGCUUGUGACUCUCGAUAUUCUUCUGACAAAUUACUGUAUGGUAACGUGACCACUACAUACUGUAAAUCACCUCGUUUCCCUGGCAUGUCAUGCUCUCAAUGCAGCUGGUCCAGUUCAACAAGCAGAUGUAAUCCAUGUGCUGAAGCUACUGUCCGAUCGUCUGAUAUUAAUUCGUGGGCACCUGGUAAUUCUUUUGGUAAUCCUGAAAUUGCUCGAUUUGGAUCUGCCUUGUGGAAGUGGAGACAAUUGGCCAUUGGUAUUGGUAGUGGUUUGUCAUCAGGUUUUGGUCAAUUACAAAUUCAAAGAAUGAAUUACGACUACUACAAUCAAAUUACUGUGAAUUGGAACAGUUUGGGUACAGUGUAUCAAACCGUUGUUGACAAUGCUUGUAAUACUGUCGAAUUGUCACAAACCAAGACUCUUGUUCCAUUAAGUACUUCUGGCUAUACAGUGACCUAUGUUGGAAAAUCCACUUCAGUCUAUAAGAAUAUUUUGAACACGAAUUGGAUUCGAUCUAAUUUCACUUAUAAUGUAGCUGUCUCAUCAAGUGCAGCAAGUGGUGUCGAAAAGUUCACACUUCAACUUGCAUCUGGAUACAAUCAAGAUGCUUUCUACACCUAUUCUCCUUACUUCCCAGUGUAUCUUGGUCAGGAUCCUAUUAGUGGUUACACUGGUUUCACAUGGGAAUCUCUUCCAAAGAGCUAUACCGUUGCUAAAGGAAAGAGUGGAAUUUAUUCAUUAAUUUUAGAGGGCGAGGUGACUGAAGGAACCAUUCCAUUUGCAGUUUCUGGAGGUUCACAAUAUGCCGUUGGAACGAUUAAGGGACCAUCGAGUGUAAUUUCCACUUACAAUCCUCAACCUCCAACCUAUGUGGAACAGUGGUGGUAUCGAAAUCAAACAUGUAGUGCCACAUUGGGUCGUUGCUAUGUAUAUACUCGUUUCAGUUCAGCUUACAGUUCAUCCGUGUUGAAUACUUUGUGUAAAUAUUGGGACUCAUCUGCCUCAUUGGCCAUGAUUCAGUCUGCAGCAGAAAAGACCAUUAUCAUGAAUUUACUACCAAAGAAUGAGUCAUUGAGCUUCUUCCUUGGAACCACCUAUUCUUCAUCAAGCAAGACAUAUUCGUGGGCAGAUGGCUCCUCCAUGUCAAGCUACACCGAUUGGCAAACCAAUUAUCCAAAUAAUUCCCCACAAGUAGUUGCUUCUUAUGUGUACACUUCACCAAGUAAUAAGUGGUGGAUCAAUGCCGCCAAUUCACAAACUUAUAAGGAUGUAGUUUGCUAUGCACCUUUUGUGUAA